AGUUCAAGUUUUACCUUUCACGGUGGAAAUUGUGCAGAAAUUGUAUACUCCUUCUUCUCGAAUGGCUGGAGAAAAAACAUUCCUAUCAAAUUAAAUUCGAAUUUGAGUUGUUUUUCUAAUGGCAAGUUUCAGAAAAGUUGCGAUCAACGUCUACAGAGUCAUCAAUUCCAACAAAGCCACCAUCGCUACUUUCACAAACCCUGCUAACACUCUCAGACCUUUUUUUGGUUAUUCCAGGUUUACCCCUUUCUCGUCCCACACUCAAACCCCAUCCCAGGAAAUCGAUUUAUCAAACGAAGAAAGCAAAAGACGCUUGUUUAACCAGCUAUUGUAUAGAAGCAAGCAACGAGGGUUCCUGGAACUCGAUUUGGUCCUCGGCAAAUGGGUUGAGGAAAACAUUCACACUUUGGAUGAAAAUCGGAUUAAGGCUCUCAUCUAUGUUCUCGACCUGGAAAACCCAGAUUUAUGGAAAUGGAUAUCAGGGCAGGAACAACCCCCAGAAUCAGUCAGCACAAACCCAGUCUUUGCUGCAGUGCAUGAAAGAGUUAUGAAAAACCUCAAUAGCCAUUCUGCUCCAGAAGUAAGAGCAACGCCUGGCCAACCAUGGGUAAGAGGCUGGGAUGAUAUUAAGAAAGGACAAGACGGUCCCGUUUCUGGAAAUCAGUAAAUUGUUGUCAUCUUUACCAUGAACGAAAUCUGGUCCACCAUUUUUAUAACUAUGAAUAAAUAAAUAGGGGUUGGGGACAACUCAAAGGUUUGUAUUAGCUUCUAGAAUUAAGUAAAAAGGAUCUAAACUUUAUGAUGAUAGUAACCUUCUUGGUUGUAACCUUUACUUUUGUUUGUUUUAUAUCUACUAAGUUUAUUGUUGAGUGAUAUCCUUAGCGUGGUUUGAUUCGGAUUGAAAUAAUUUGAAAGGAUUUGAAGGUAAAACAGAAAUAAUUUUAAGUGUUAAUUUUUAAA